UUCUACCUUGCCACGGCCUACGCUACUCUUCUUUUAAACAACUCUUCUUUACUUUCACAACAACAGCAACUACAGCAACUCCUUCUUCUUCUUCUUUAACCUUUUCUACUUACGCAUCUUCAUUGUUUCUCAACAGCAACCUUUUCUACCAGAUCUCAGAUUUUCUAUACCAGCACCACAUCUUACAGCUCUAUUUUCUUUGUUCUUUUCAUCACUCUCCACCCCACCUUAACACCGAUCGACCAUGCAGUACAAUAACAACAAUCAAGAAUACUUUAUUGCUCCAACUUACGCCGAGCCCUACUUUUACAUGCAAGAACAACAACAACAUCAACAUCAACAAAUGAUGCCACCGCCAACAUUCGAAGAACCUCAUCAUCAACUUCCCUUAUCAUCAUCACCAGCAUCAUCCAACAACAACAACACCACCUCUACUACGAAAUCAAACAAAUCCGCCACCCGAUCUUCCUCAUUCUCAUCCUCCUCUUCCUCUUCUGCUGCGUCUGCUGCCAGUGCUGCUGGCAACCGGAAACGACCGAAGCGCAAACAAGUCAAAAACGCAUGUGUGAACUGUCAAAAGGCGUGCAAGAAAUGUGACGACGGCCGUCCCUGCCAGCGUUGCAUCAAGCUUGGUUUGAUUGCCACGUGCAUCAACUCGCCCCGCAAGGAACGCAAGAAGGGUGUCAAGCGUGGCCCUUACAAGAAGCGAACACACAGCAGCAGCAGGAGACUGCAGCCAUGGUGAUGAACGACCAAGCCGUAUCUUCAUGGAUGGCGAUGAUGCAGCCACCAGUACACGAGCAGCACCAGCAGAUGCAUCAGAUGCAGCAAUUCCCACAAGAGUUUAACGAUCACCACAAUCACAAUCACAACAACAACAACAACGGGUUCUGGCAAUCCUUUUUGUCUACAGCUUAAAGUUAAUAAGCAUUUCAUCAUCAUCAUUCAAUCCAUAUUUUUUGUUUAUCCCCGCUUCUUCUUAUUACCCCCCCCUUCUUC